AUGCAUUUCGGAAAGACCCUCGCACUCUUCUGCCUCAGCCCCGGGGCUCUGUCGUACGUGAUCACCGCGUACCGAGGCGACGACUGUACCGACGAGUCCAAGAGCGUCAAUGUGUGGGACAACACAUGCAGAGAUACCAACAUUUUCCCGACCAAGUCCAUCAGAGUCGACACAUACGGAGGUCGUCACCAGAAAGCCACCUUCUUUACAGCCAACGGAUGCGGUGCUGCUGUCAGCGCACGGUACGCUUGGUGGGCGGACGGUGGUGACAGUGAAUUCAAGCAGGGGGCGUGCCUGAAAUUCGACCAGGAGAUUCAUGCCUACGGCUCCGUUUCGGCUUAG